AUCCCGGCCGACGCCCAAGGGAACCUGAUUAAGGGGUCUGUGACGGAGAAAACCCAGGCCAUCAUCCAAAACUCGGAGGCUCUCCUCCUGGAGGCGGGGUCCGGGCUGAAUCGGGUUAUUAAGAAACAACAGGUGUACAUGACGGAUGCCAGCAUCAUGCCCGAAUUCACCAAAGUGUAUGACCCGGCGUUCCAGCAUCGGCCGGCUCGGUCGAUAGUGGAGGUGUCCAAGUUGCCGGCUGGGAUGGAUAUUCAGGUGGACUUUUUCGCGGUGAUUUAG